AAAAUGUCUAAAGGUCCGCAACAUUUCAUUGAUGAGGCUGCAAAAGCGAAUGAUGACGAAGACCCGUUUUCUGAGACCAGAAGAAAGAAUAUUGCCGAACGUCAAAGUCAAUACCAAAUGCGUGCACGAAAGCGACCAAUUUCACCAGAGAGAGCUGAUAUGUUUGUUGAUCAAACGCCUGAUUUGCGUGACAGAACUUAUGCCAAAAUUAUGCAAGAACAGUUGCUUACUGCCGAAAAGGAAAAAAUUGAAAAAGAAUUGGUCGACAAGCAUCAAUCUGGCGAAUUAAAAAUUAACAGGCAAGCUAAAAGUUAUGCUCCUGAAGAUACUCCAACUGAAAAUAUUGAAAACACACCUUCACAGGCUCCAAGAAAGAAAAGAAUUGCUUUGAGUGGACAUGCUAUAAUUGCUGAUAAAACGCCAAACGUUGCCCAAUGGGAUGAAACUCCAGCGCAUAUUUCUGCAUUAGACUCAACUCCAUCAACAGAUAAACAAUGGGAUGCCACACCUUCACAAACACCUCGUCGCAAUCGUUGGGAUGAAACGCCAAAAGAAUCUGUUCGAGAUGGAGGAAUGACCCCUGGAUGGGGCUCGGAAACGCCUAGAGACAUCAAAAUGGACUUGAGUGAACGAGCAGAGGAAACCCCCGGCGCUUCAAAGAGACGUUCUCGCUGGGACCUUACUCCGUCACAAACACCGUCAGAAACUCCAAUGGCCGGUAUUGACGCAACUCCAACACAUUUUACACCAAAAAUCAUGCAGAAUGGGGGAAUGACUCCUUCAAUGCUAACUCCUGGAGGAACAACACCAAUUGGAACCCCAGCAAUGGGAAUGAAAACACCGGCUGUUCCGUUCAUUCCAAUGACUCCAGAACAGGCGGCAAUUUAUAAAUGGGAGAAGGAAGUAGAUGAUAGAAAUCGUCCUCUGUCGGAUGAAGAAUUGGAUGCUUUAAUGCCGCCUGGUUUCAAAAUUUUGGCACCUCCAUCUGGUUAUGCCCCAAUUCGAACACCGACAAGAAAAUUAUUGGCAACACCUACACCAAUGUCUGGAAUCGGCGGUUUCAUGAUCCCUCCAACACCAGAAAGAGGAGGUGCUGGGGCAGAUAAAGGAGUUGGAGGAAUAAUAGAUACUCAACCAAAAGAUCCGGAAUUGCCAGCACUCAAACCUGAAGAUAUUCAAUAUUUUGACAAACUUUUGCAGGAUGUAGAUGAAAGUCAAUUAACAAAAGCAGAAAGAAAUGAACGUGAAAUAAUGGGUUAUUUAUUAAAAAUAAAGAAUGGAAUGCCUUCACAACGAAAAUCUGGAUUGAGGAAAAUAACAGAAAAUGCUCGCCGUUUGGGCGCUGGACCUUUAUUUAAUCAAAUUUUGCCACUUUUAAUGUCUCCAACACUUGAAGACCAAGAGAGACAUUUAAUGGUUAAAGUUAUUGAUAGAAUUUUAUACAAACUUGAUGACUUGGUCCGACCUUAUGUUCACAAAAUUUUGGUGGUAAUUGAACCGCUUUUGAUUGAUGAAGAUUAUUAUGCUCGUGUUGAAGGCAGAGAAAUAAUUUCAAAUUUGGCUAAAGCCGCUGGAUUGGCAACAAUGAUCUCAACAAUGCGUCCUGACAUUGACAAUGUAGAUGAAUAUGUUAGGAACACAACAGCUCGUGCUUUUGCAGUUGUAGCCUCAGCUUUGGGAAUACCUGCACUUUUACCUUUUUUGAAGGCUGUUUGUAAAAGCAAAAAGAGUUGGCAGGCUAGACAUACAGGUAUUAAAAUUGUCCAACAAAUUGCAAUCCUUAUGGGUUGUGCAGUUCUUCCUCACCUCAAACAACUUGUUGAAAUUGUAGAAGGUGGAUUAGUGGAUGAUCAACAAAAGGUUAGAACAAUUACUGCUCUCGGUAUUGCUGCUUUGGCAGAGGCUGCUACUCCUUAUGGAAUUGAAGCUUUUGACUCUGUUUUGAAGCCGUUAUGGAAAGGAAUUCGUACACACAGAGGAAAAGGAUUGGCUGCAUUUCUCAAAGCUAUUGGUUUUCUUAUUCCGUUGAUGGAUGCUGAAUAUGCUAGUUAUUACACAAAAGAAGUGAUGCUUAUAUUAAUUCGGGAAUUUGUUUCUCCCGACGAAGAAAUGAAAAAGAUUGUUUUGAAGGUAGUAAAACAAUGUUGUUCCACAGAUGGUGUAGAACCUCUUUAUAUUAGAGAAGAAAUUUUGACUCCUUUCUUUAGAGCAUUCUGGAAUCAUCGGAUGGCUAUGGAUCGACGAAAUUACAAACACUUGGUUGAUACAACAGUUGAAAUAGCUCAAAAGGUUGGUUCUGUUGAAAUUGUUAGUAGAAUUGUUGAUGAUUUAAAAGAUGAAAAUGAACAAUACAGAAAAAUGGUAAUGGAAACAAUUGAAAAUAUUAUGGCUUUGAUGGGUGCAGCAGAAAUUGAUUCUCGUUUAGAGGAACAAUUAAUUGAUGGAAUUUUGUAUGCAUUUCAAGAACAAACACAAGAGGAUCCAAUAAUGCUUGAAGGUUUCGGGACAGUAUGUAAAGCUUUGGGACGUCGAACAAAACCAUACCUCCCUCAAAUUUGUGGAACUAUAUUGUGGCGUUUAAAUAAUAAAUCUGCUAAAGUUCGUCAACAAGCUACUGAUUUGAUUGCAAAAAUAGCCCCAGUAAUGAAUGUUUGUCAAGAAGAAAAAUUAAUGGGACAUUUGGGAGUUGUUUUAUACGAAUAUUUGGGUGAAGAAUACCCUGAAGUACUUGGAUCUAUUUUGGGGGCAUUAAGUGCUAUUGUUUCAGUUAUUGGAAUGACUAAAAUGACACCUCCUAUAAAAGAUUUAUUACCUCGUCUUACACCAAUUCUUAAAAAUCGGUGA